AUGCUCCGUGGUUCUCCUCUUCAAACUGUUACUAGGUUCAAAUACGUGGGCCACUGGGUGACUGACACUCUAAAAGACGAUGUUUAUAUAGUAAGGGAGCGCAGAACACUGUCGUAUAAUAACGUCUUCAGGGGGUUGUUGGGGCUGCCCUGGCACUGCAGCGCGUCUGGAAUAUUCGCCACGUGGAGAACCGACUGUUUUGAAGCCGUGCUGCGCAAGCGGGUGGCGUCCUUGGGCGAGCGCGUGCGGACAGUAUCCAACACUCUCCUGAAGGUGAUCGUUGAGAAGAUGGACAGCCCUAUCCUCACUCACGGGAUGUAUUUACAUGUGCAGUCUAAUUGUUAUUAUACUUUCUACUAA